AACAAGGCCCUACACCACAAGCGUAGCUUUGUUACGAAUCUGUCCUACGAGCGACGACAGUUGAUGCUCAGAUCUCACCGUCUUCCAGUCCACCUCGUAGGCCACUGCCGUGUGCAGCCUCGGCCUCGCGUCGUUGUCCCUCGUUACGCCUACGCAUCCGCGCCGCAAAUUCGUUUCUUCUCUGCCUCCGCCAUCCUCUAUGCCCGCCGGCGCAUGGCCGGCAGCAGCCGCAGCCACCUCCGCCCCGGUGUCCGCCGCGGUGCGCGCGGCCAUGCGCAAGCUCGGCGGUCUCCUCCUCCGCGCGCACCGCCCACACUCCACCACGGCGGCCCCGGACGCCGCGGCCGUCGCGCCGACGUCGUCGCACACCCUCCACGACUACAACCGCCUCCUGGCGGCGCUCGCGCGGGACGGCGACGGCGACGCUGCGCUCCGCGUGCUCCGUCGCAUGCGCCUCUCGUCGCCCCCGUGCGCGCCCACCGCCGCCUCCUACACCUCCGCCAUGUCGGCGCUCGCCAAGGCCGGCCGCCCCGCCGAUGCCGCGUCCCUCUUCGAUGACAUGCUCGCCAACGGCGUCGCUCCCGACCGCGCCGCCUUCUCCCUCCUCCUGCACGUUUACUCCUCCCACCUCCACCUUCCCGCCGCCGCGCACUCCGUGCUCCUCUGGAUGACCGGACUCGGCCUCCCGCCGACCCCCAUCGACUACACCGAUCUCAUCUUUUCCUUCUGCCGCGCCGGCUGCCUCGACAACGCCCUCCAGCUGCUCGACGAAAUGCGCGCCCUCAAUUACCCGCUGACACCACAUACAUUCGCGCCGAUCCUCAAGGCAAUCUGCGAUAAUGCGGACAUCCAGGCAGCUGACGCGCUCAUAAGCUCCAUGCGCUCCUCUGGUUGCCUCCCUGAUGUCGUCAUCUACAAUAUAUACAUCCAGGGGUUGUGUAAGAUCGGGGAUUUUGAUGCUGUCGAGAGGGUUAUUUAUGAUAGUGCCCGGAAUGGGUGGGAACCAGAUGCAGUGACAUACAGCACCUACAUUGUUGGGCUUUGCCGCUCUGGAUACAUUGAGGAAGCAUUUCAGCAGCUGGAAACUAUGGUAGCAAAGGGACUACAGCUCACAGUAGUUGGUUUGAACAUACUGUUGGACCACGUUGCCCAGAAUCUUGAUAUGUGGGUAGGCAAGGAGGUCCUGGAGAGGUGCCAAGAACUGGGCUUUGUGGUCGAUGUGGUGACAUACAACACAGUCAUGGAUCAUUUGUGCAAGAAAGGGAAGUGGCUGCGUGUCCUAAAGUUGUUCACGGAUCUGCUCAAGAAACCAAUAACACCCAAUGUGCAGACAUACAACAUUUUGAUUUCAUGCCUAUGCCGAGCUGGCAAGUUUGAGUUUGCCAAGUAUGUGUUCAGCAGCAAGGGGUUCGUGGCAGACACUGUUACUUGUAACAUUCUGAUCCAUGAGUUCUAUGAGGCCGGAAAGGAAGGUGAGCUUGGUUUUUUGUUCGCUGAUGUGAAUGCUGGGAAGAUUGCCCCAGAUACCAUCACAUACAAUACACUGGUUGAUUGUCUCUUUAGGUCUGGGAGGAGGUCACAGGCUGUCAAUUUUGUUAGGCAUAUCGAUGGUGGCUACCCUACGGAGCCCGUUGCCCAUUUGACAUAUUGGUUGGUUAGGAGUGGAUAUAUACGUGAGGCAUUGAGGCUGUUUGAUGAUAUCCAAAUAAAAGGACUGGUUUUAGAUUGUAGGAUUUUUGCUAAUGUGAUCAAGGCAUUCUGCAGAAAGGGUCCAACAGAAUGCUCAGAUAUGUCGCAAUUGUGCUUUGUAUUGGAUAGGAUGCUUGGAAGUGGGUAAUCAUUCUGUGGUAUGGGUCUGUAACUUUGAAAUGUCUGGAGCUCUGCUGAUUCUUUUUCGCUACCUUGCAUGGUACAGGUCUCAUUAUUUAACUUGCAUGGUUGUACCAGCAGCUAAUAGCUGCUGAAGGUUAGAUGUGCCUUUGAUUUCUUCAUGUAACUCUUUGUCGUGCAUACACUUGUAAAAUACAAUCUGUGAUCUGAGAAUUAAUCAUAUUCAGCUCUGGUGUUAUGUACU